GAUUCAUUACAAUAUUUAUACAACUAUACCCUGCACAACUUCAUCACAAAACCAAAAACAAUCAAUCAUUUAGCCUUGAUGAUGGUUCCCACAAUAUUUUGUAUCCUUCCCUUCUUAUAUCUUUUCAUAGUUAUAACUUUUGCUUCCACUGAGGAAGCAACUGCUCUUCUUAAAUGGAAAGCAACAUUCCUAAACCAGAACAAUUCCUUACAGGCUUCAUGGACACUAAGUAGUCCUGCUGGUACCAAGAAUUCUUCCAGAAUUGAAGCGACGAGUUCUGAUGCAUGCAGGGGCUGGUAUGGAGUUGUAUGCGUUAAUGGUCGGGUUAACAGGUUGAAUAUUACAAAUGCUAGUGUCAUUGGCACACUGUAUGAUUUUCCAUUUUCAUCACUCCCUUUUCUUGAAUAUGUUGAUCUUAGUAUGAACCAGCUCUCUGGCACCAUCCCACCUGAAAUUGGUAAGCUCGCUAAUCUUGUCUACCUUGACUUGUCUGUCAAUCAUAUUUCGGGCACAAUCCCACCACAAAUCAGUUCACUAACAAAGCUUGAGACCCUCCACAUCUUUGGCAACCAAUUAAAUGGUUCCAUUCCGAGGGAAAUAGGUCGCCUAAGGUCUCUUACUGAUCUAGCUUUGAGUUCUAACUUUCUUAGUGGUUCAAUUCCUGCUUCAUUGGGGAAUUUGAACAAUUUGUCUUUUUUGUAUCUUUAUAAUAAUAAGCUUUCUGGCUCCAUUCCUUCAGAAAUAGGAAAACUUGUCAAUCUUGUUGAAGCUUAUAUUAGUAGAAAUCAAUUAACAGGUCAUAUUCCUCCAGAAAUAGGUAACUUGAUCAAUGCAAAAUUGUUCUAUGCUUUCUACAAUAACUUGUCUGGUCCUAUUCCUGAUGAAAUAGGGAAAAUGAAGUCACUUGAGUACUUAAGCUUCCAGACAAACAAUCUCUCCGGUCCAAUUCCCAAAACAACAGGUGACUUAACUGAGCUCAAACUCUUGCACCUUUAUUCCAACGAACUUUCUGGUCCCAUUCCUAGUGAGUUGGGGAAACUGAAAAAAUUGAAUGAUCUGCAAUUAUCCAAUAAUCAACUUACCGGUCCUAUUCCUGGUUCAUUUGGCAAUUUGAGAAACUUGCAAUUUCUGUAUCUCCGUGCCAACAAACUUUCUGGUUCUAUUCCAAAAGAACUUGCAUAUUUGGAUAACUUGGUUAUUAUGCAAAUGGAUGAAAAUCAGUUUUCAGGCCAUUUGCCUGAGCAUCUUUGCCAAGGUGGGAAACUUGAGAACUUCACGGUGAAUAGUAACAAACUGACAGGGCCAAUACCAAGAAGCUUUAGCAAGUGCUCGAGUUUCAAAAGAGUUCGCUUGGAUAACAACAGUUUUACUGGGAAUUUAUCUGAAGCUUUUGGCAUCCAUCCACACCUUUACUUCAUUAAUUUGAGUGAAAAUGAUUUUCAUGGUGAACUCAGCAGCAACUGGGGGAAAUGCAAGAGUUUGACUGAUUUGCGGGUAGCCAGAAAUAACAUUAGUGGUAGCAUACCACCAGAGAUUGGAAACCUCAAAGGGCUUCAAGGACUUGAUCUUUCAUCCAAUCAUUUGGUUGGACAGAUACCUAGGGAAUUAGGAAAAUUGACCUCUCUGGUUAAGCUUUCUGUACAAAACAACAAUAUUUCUGGCAAUAUUCCUAUAGAACUUGGGUCACUGACAAAGUUAGAGUCCCUAGAUCUGUCAAACAAUAAAUUGAAUGGGUCGAUCCCAACGUUUAUAGGAGAUUACCAGCACCUAUUUCACUUGAACCUGAGUUGUAACAAGUUUGGGCAGAAAAUUCCAAAGGAGAUAGGGAGGAUAACUCAUCUUAGUGUACUUGAUUUGAGCCAUAAUCUUCUUGAUGGAGAAAUACCUGCUCAGUUAGCUAGUUUGCUGGACUUGGCGAACUUCAAUCUUUCCCACAACAGCCUUUCUGGGCGCAUUCCUGAAGAAUUUGAAAGUUUGACCGGUUUGCAGGAUGUUAUCUUGUCAUACAAUGAGUUGGAAGGUCCAAUCCCUAAUAAUAAAGCUUUCAUGAAUGCCUCAUUAGAAGGUAAUAAAGGUCUUUGUGGUAAUGUGACUGGAUUCCAACCUUGCAAAAGGCCAUCUUCUAUUGUGAAGAAGCACUCAAUGGCGAAGGGACUUAAACUCAUCCUCAUCACUGUACUUCCUGUUAUGGGAGCACUAGUACUACUCUGUGCUUUCAUUGGUGUUCUCUUUAUGUGUAAUAAAAGAAGGAGAGUUAGAGACGUUGAAAGAAGGGAUUCCAGUGAUGAUGUUGAUGGUUUGAUUUCCAUAUCCACAUUAAAUGGAAAUGCAUUGUACUGGGAUAUCAUAAAAGCCACAAAGGAGUUUGAUGCAAUGUUUUGCAUCGGAAAAGGAGGAUCUGGAAGCGUUUACAAGGUAAAGCUUCCAACGCUUGAGAAUGUAGCUGUGAAGAGACUUCAUUCUUCAUUUGAGGUUACCCAUCGCAAAAGCUUCAUGAAUGAGAUAAGGUCAUUGACAAGGAUCAAGCAUCGCAACAUUGUGAAACUCUAUGCCUUCUGUUCAAAUGCACAACACUCAUUCUUGGUUUACGAGUACAUGGAGAAGGGUAGCUUGUCUAGUAUUUUGAGCAGUGAAGUAGAGUCCAAGAAAUUGGAUUGGCUUACAAGGGUGAAUGCCAUCAAAGGUGUUGCUUAUGCUUUAUCUUACAUGCACCAUGAUUACUCACCCGCGAUUGUUCAUCGAGACAUAUCAAGCAGUAAUGUUUUGCUUGAUUCCGAGUAUGAAGCACGUGUUUCAGAUUUUGGCAUAGCUAAGAUUCUUAAGCCAGACUCAUCCAAUUGUACUGCACUUGCAGGCACAUAUGGCUAUGUAGCACCAGAGCUUGCCUAUACAAUGAAGGUGACGGAAAUGUGUGACGUCUAUAGCUUUGGAGUAUUAGCAUUGGGGGUAAUCAAAGGAAAGCAUCUUGGGGAUUAUAUUACUGUGCUAGCAAAUUCAUCGUCUAGAGAUCAUGUGCAGCUUAGCGAUUUGCUAGAUGAACGCCUUCCAUAUCCUGAAGAUAGCGUAAAGAGUUGGUUUUAUCAUCAAGCUAGCAAGCUCAUGUUUGCUUGA